UCCAAACACGGUCUUAGUCUUCUUCUAUUAUCCACCAUUUCUGCGACAUCGUUUAAGCCCUAAAAUCCAGGACCCCACCGUCGCUCUCCUCCCCACAAUGCGCUUCCCUCCUCCCACCGCUGCGGCGUUAUCUCUCUCCGCCGCCUUCUCCCGCCACCUCUCCUCCGCUGCAAAGCUCCCGAGCCUCUCCAAGAUCCCCUCCAGGUACCGGCCCCAAGCGAUCCAGGAAGCGCAGGUCGCCCUCACCGAAUACCUCCACGCCACCCGAGCACUCCCCUUCACCUUCGCCGAGCACAUCACGAAGAACGCCGUCUUCUCCCUCUACGCCAUCGUUUCCAGGGUCCAGUUCUCGCCCUCCACUUUCUCCAAAUCGAUCCAGCGCUUCCUCAUGUACCAUCCCAUCAACGAAUUCGAAUUCUUCUACGAGAGCAUCGGCAUUGGAUAUCACGAAAUCAAUGCGUUUUUGCCCCCUAGCAAGUUCUUUCUCUGCGAGGAUUCCCGGGUCCUGGGUGUGGCCUGCGCGUUGUCUGGUUUCGGGUUUCCGUGGACCAUGUUGGGGGAGUUGUACAGGAAGGAAGCUUCGGUUUUCGGGAAAGACCCAGAUGAGUUGAACGAGAUGCUGCGCGUGUUUGCGGGGUUUGGGUUUAGUAAUGUUGCGAUUAUUGGGAUUUGUAUGGUUUUCCCCCAUGUUUUUGGCGGGGAUCCAGAAUUGAGUGGUGAAAUCAGUGCCUUGUUUGAUGAUUUGAGAAGGGUGUUUGUUGAUUAUGAUUUGUUGGGCUGUGGUGAGCAGAAUGUGAAUGGUUACAUUGAGGUUUGUCGGAAACUAAGGGUGUUUUAUGACUUGGGUUGCCAAAAGGGCAAGAUGGUGGAGUUGAUCGGUAGGAACAAAAAUGUUUUUGUCCGGUGCCCGGAAGAGGUUUUGGUCAAUAAAAUUGAGUUCUUUCUUAGAUUGGGUGUUGAUAAGAGCGAUGCUGGUAUGUUGGUUCUUGAGAGACCUGAGAUUUUGGAUUUUAAUUUAGAGGAAACUGUAAUCUCUGUGUUGGGCUUUCUGAGACACUUUGGGAUGAGUAUAAACGAACUAAAAUAUAUCGCUAAAGAGUUUCCUUAUGUUUUAGGAAGAAAUAAAAUGGUUAACUUGCCUUAUAUAAUGAGAGCUUUGGAUAAACAUGAAUGGUUCUUCAAUGAGAUCAGAACCGGAAAUCAUCAUCUGUUGUGUACUUAUGCAAUUGGCAAUUCGACAGAAGACUUGAAUGAGGAUUACCAAGGUGGCUUGGAUAAGAUUCUCUCUUCAAGAACCCCAAUUCACGGUCAGAGUAAAUUGAGUUUCUUGCAUAGUAUUGGAUUCGGAGAAAACACCUUGACAUUAAAAGUCCUAGUUCAUUUGCACGGAACUAGUACUGAGUUACAAGAACGGUUUGACUGUCUUCUUUGUACUGGUAUCCGAUUCUCAAAACUUUGUAAAAUGUUGAGAUUGUCGCCAAAGAUCUUAAACCAAAAACCAGAGAUUCUUGAACAGAAAAUGAAGUUCCUUUGCGAGGACAAAGGAUCCUUGUGGAAGUACCUUGAUGUUUUCCCAGCCUUUUUGUGUUAUGAUUUAGAGAAGAGAAUUAAACCAAGGUACAGAUUUCAUAUAUGGCUUACAGAAAAGGGUUUGUGUGCAAAACAAUACUCUCUUGCUAGCAUGAUUGCAACUAGUGAGAAAAAUUUUGUUGCUCGUGUUUAUGGAAUUCACCCUGCUGCUCCAAAACAUUGGUUUGAGUGUUUCUCAAAACCAAACCACAUUAAUGACAAGGUCUAGCUUAGGAGUCAAUGUUAAAACGCUGAUGAUGAAAUCAGAGAGCUGGAUGUAUUUUAGGGUGGAUUGUUUACUGGCCACAGUGCAGUGUGCUGAAAGUCCCAAGUGGGAAUCGCUGUUCCAAAGUCAUAUCACCAAGAUUAUCCUGAAAAUAUGUCUCUUGGUGGAUUAUCUUGGAAAAAUGGAGAAUCCAUUUGCACUAUACUGUAUGACAGCAUUAUUUCGAUCUUUGGAAGUUGUAUCCAAUAGAGCCGCAGAAUACUUCAUUCACUUUUCAGGGUCUGCUGUAUCAAAUUGAAGACAUGAAAGCAGCAGUAUGAAGGUGUCACACAAUUCUGCUUCUUCCUCUUUGUUCAACUCUUUUAAUUUUUAUUUGUUUUAUAACAAGGAAUCUAGCUAGGAUCACAUUGAACCUGCAAAAUUCAACCAUGACCUGGGUAUCUCCCACAAACCAUCAGUGUCAAGUAAGCCUGAUAUCCUAGGAUUUGGUUCCAAGAGUUCUGGGUUCACGGCUGAUCUCAGAGUUCAGCUCCCAGUCCAAUGGGCAUUUUGUGCUUGUUCCUCUCAUCUAUCCUUUUCAAAUCUAAAAUUGAUUUAUUCAGAAUUGAAGGAUGAGGGUUCAUGGACCGAACUAGAAGUGAUACUUACCAAUGCCGAACUAGAAGUGAUACUUACCAAUGCAUCUGUUCAUAAUCAUCCCACUGUUGGUUCUUGGCAGGGUGAAGUGAUGGUUUCUUUGGUCAAUAAUUGCAUCCAUGAUGUUUAUCUUAUCAUUGAAUGAUAGAUGAUUAUUUAUAGGCAGAGAAAUCUGAUUAUUAUAGUCUAUUAACAACUGGGCAAUAGAUGACAAUCAAUAUUACCAUGUAUGCUCUUUAAAAAGGUUAAGUUUGGUCAAUUCUCAAUUGCAUGUUCAUUACAGUUUGUAUAACUCUUCUCCCUGAGAGAAGUGGUGCAAAUGGUGAAACUAUGUGCACAAAUUAUUGGAUGGUUUCUAUUGAGAGAAGUUAAUAGGGUUAGAAUGUGGAGAUAUUAUAUCCAGCAUUCUCUCUGGCAAUCCCCACUGCAUGCAGAUGAUGAAGACAGUGCAAAAAUUGGUGAGUUCCGUGCAUUGGAACAAUCUGCAUUGAGAGUCAUGGACGUGCACUGCUGGCUGGUUUUGCAUAAAUUGUUCUUUAUGGAAUGUUUUAUUUUCAAAGUUUAUGUGCAACUGUUAUACUUCAAAUGGGAUUUGCAUCAGAUGCUGGAAUUGUCAGGUAACUACAUCUCUUUGUUUUCUUUUCUUUAUUUCUUUGGAUGGGGAUACUUGGACUGAGUUCAGAGGGCAUAAGAAGACCAGAUAAAAUAUGGGAACCUGGACACGUUGCUUCAGAUUACUAAGGUUGGGUUUCUUGAAAGCUUCCUCAAUGGUGUAAAGUGACUGGUCAAAUACUCUUUCAUAGUCAAGUAGCAAUCACAUGUAGGCAAUAAUUCAAACUCACUUUGUUGAUAUGUGAUUUUCCAUACUUUACCAACCAGAUCUUUUCCUCUACUAUGCCUGCAUAUGUUUUUUUUAUGGUAGUUCCAUCUUUCGAAAGUUCAGCACCAAUAAAAUAAUAUAAUAUGGAAUGCUAAUAUCUUAAUCAACUCUGGAUCAAGACAAUUUUUUUUCUCUCUUUCAUUUUCUUUCUUGAAAGGAAUAUAUGAAGGGAGAUACUAAGACUCUCAAUUACAAUUAGAUAACAUCAAGGAUUUCCAUUGAGUCUACCUCUUUGCUUUUGUCAUGGAUGAACUCAGAGCACAUCCAUGGAAAAGUGUCUUGGUGUAUGUUAUUUACAAACUGCAUUGGCCCAAUGGAUGAGGGGAAAAAAAGACUAUAAUAACAAACUUGAACUUUGGAGAGAAGUGUUAGAAUCCAAAGGUUAAGUUGGUUGAAAACUGAGUAUGUGGAAUGUGUGUUCAAUAAAAUUGGGAGUCUGGAUGACAUUAUUGUGAAACUUGGAGGUCGAGUUAUCUUAUCUGGAAAGAUGAUCAAUUUUGAUGUCUUUGAUCAAUUUUUCUAAAAGAAAGGUUGAUAACAAAGGAAGUUAAUGUGGAGAAGUGUGUUUAACAUUUUAUAAGAUCAUAAAAUGCCUUUAAAGCUAAAAGAACGGUUAUAUUAGAUGACUAUAGGACAAAUUUGUAUGCUCAACAUCUUGUAUAAUUAAGUGCCAAUGAUUGCAAAAUAUGAUCAUAGUUGAUACUAUGGUGUAUCUGUGGCCAUAUGAAAAAAGACAAGAAGAGACAAGAUCUUACAUAAUAAGGUUAAGGUGGAGUGUGUUGAAGAUAAGAGGGGAGAGAUGAUUAAGAUGGUUUGAACUUGUGAAAAGAAGACUGAUAGGAUUACUUGUGAGGUGAGUCGAUAGAAUAGAGGAAUUCAUAGUAGAAGAGGGAAUGAAAGACCAACAAAUCUUGAUGGGAUAUAAUAGGCUUAUCAAUGAUGUAACUAUAGAUAGAGAUGGUUAGGGGUCUAGAAUUCAUGUAACUGACCCUACCUAAUGGGUUUAGGGCUUGUAACUGUUCUCGUUAGGAUUUAACUGCAGUUAAAGGUUUCAACAAUAAAAAAAGACAAGAGACUAUGAGAGUCAACGGAGCCCUAUAUGUGGCUCCGAUAUGCUAUUUUAGGGUUUUUCUAACACCCCAACAUUUAGUUUUAACCUACUCAUCCAGAGUAAAAGGAAAUAUUGAUUCCGGUCAACUUAGUGAAUGUUUAUCAAGUGACCUUUUACCUUUUAUGCAGGCAUCAAGCUCCAACUUCUGACAGGUCAUGAUUAAUAUAAUAUUGAUGGGCCAUCAUAAAUUGUUUUCUUUAUACAAAAUCUCAAAGUUUAGAAACUGGGUUUUGACAUAUUGAUGGAUUGUUGGAACAGAAAGCUGUUGUUUCCCAAUUGAAAUCCGAUCUCUGUUGACGAUGCCAGCCAUCCGACCUUCAAAUGUUUCUUAGGGGUUGAAGCACACGUCGUAUGUAAUGCCAUAUCUUGUAUUACUUUAUUUGUUCUUUAAUUUUUACCAAGGAUGAACAGAAAACUCCUAUCAAGCCAAGAGAUGUAUUCUCAUGUUUGCCGUUGGUUUUUGUUGUACAUACUGAACCAGGAAUGACCACAAUUUUUUCUUGAUUUGGUUUACAAAUCAAAGGAAUGUUUUUCUUCUUAAAAUUUGGGACAAAUAAUAAGUACCUAGAUCUCCAUAAUCUGGAGAAUUUUAAUGUAGUAACUGUGUACUCGUUUUACAUCUAUGCAGGUGCACUUGCCCUAGUGGAGGAAAUAAGCCGGCAGGGUUAGCGGCUUAACAAUCUGACAUGGGCAUCAGUAGACUAGGGAUUGUUAUUUACUUGCUCAGACCUGGUAAUGGUAGGAUGAUAGGACGAUGGGGCGGAAGAGAAUUAGAUAAAACUUAGAGGGGGGGGCAACUGGCCUCUGGUAAUCGUUGCUAUUUGCUCCUCCUAGCCAGGAGCUGACAGGUACGGGCCAAGUUCGUUAUUAGUUCCAUCAUCAGAAUCAGAAUCGAGGCAGUUGCCAUUUGCUCAAUCCAAAAACCCGAAAAGAUAGAAGGGGUCUUUGGAAUUGAGCCAUAAUUCGACACUUAGCUGUGUCUCAGUCGGCUGUGCUUGACAUUUAGGCUUUGUUUGGAAUAAGAAUAUUUUUG